CGCGGAGGCUUUCGCCAGCUGAGGCGAUGGCGACCGGGCCUCCCGACUCGCAGGCGCGAUUCGGCCAGUCCGUGAAGGGGCUGCUCACGGAGAAGGUGACCACCUGCGGGACUGACGUGAUCGCCCUCACCAAGCAGGUGCUGAAGGGCUCCCGGAGCUCCGAGCUGCUAGGUCAGGCAGCUCGAAACAUGGUACUACAGGAAGAUGCCAUCUUGCACUCAGAAGAUAGUUUAAGGAAAAUGGCAAUAAUAACAACACAUCUUCAAUACCAGCAAGAAGCUAUUCAGAAGAAUGUUGAGCAGUCAUCGGAUCUACAGGACCAGCUGAAUCAUCUGUUGAAAUAGAACAGCUUAUAAGAAGGCUUUACCUGAUGCUGAGGAGAAAACAUCUACCACAACCUUUGUGCUAUGGGUUUGAUUUUCCAUUUUCUUCCCCAGAAGUUGUUAGGAAAUAUUUGUGAUGAUGUACAGUUUCUCCAGAAAAGAAGCUAGGGGGUUGAAUUUUGGAAGUACUUCUUGAGUCAGACUAACCCAUGCUCUUCUUGAAUUUUUAAGUUGCUCUAUUAGUUUGAUAUGAAAGCAAAAUGAAAAGAUGUCUAAUUUUCUCCCAUAGAAGUUUAAUGUCAAAAGCCAUAUUGUCUAAAUGUGAUAUUUAAACAAGCACUGAAUAGUGUUUUAAAUUCAGAAAUAGAGCUUCUAUUGUGAGCAUGGAAGAAUGGUUAAUAUCUUUUUUAAAGAAUUUUUUCUUUAUAAAUACAGGAAUUAUUUUCAUUUUCUGGUCACAGAAUGGUGAUAGGUAUGACUGUUUUCUAGUAACUUGGGAGAUACUUAUUUUAUUUAUUAUAGCAAAUACCUAAAUGAUAAUUAGGCAAAUUGCAUCAUAUCUGGCCAGCUGCAAACUCCUGCCUUGACCUGCAUUCCUAGGGUUUCUUUGUUGUUGUGAAUCUUGAUUAUGUGGCCUUGGGUUCAUUUUGUAAUAUUGCUAGUAAUCAGCAAAUUCACUUGUAUGACAUUGCCAAAUGCGAAGGCAGUUGAAUUACUGUGAGUGAUUGCAGUGGAGGGUUGGGCCAUGGGGAAAAACCUUAUGUUCGUAGACAUUUACUUAUAUUCAUUGAAUUCAUCUUGUUAAAUGGCAUUACCAUUGUCUAUAGUUAAGUCUGAAUGUCUUUAACUUUGUUUGAAUUUAAAAUGGGACUAUUUCCUGUUCCAGUUCAGUUCUCAAUUUACUAAGGGGUUGGGAGAAAGCUGAUAUAAGAAAAUAAAGUUUUGCCCUGGCUGGCGUGGCUCA